CCAUGGCCACUAAUUUGACCACUUCAGAACCAGUGGUUCCGACCAGUGCGCCAGAACCAGUGGACGACGAGGAGCACUGGCUUUAUGGAGAUGAUGACUCCCAGAAAAAUGCCGAGGAUGAAUUAUCAAGGGAUACAGAGUCCGUUCAGCUGGAAAAGGUCACGAGCUCAGACCAGAAGGAUGCUGCGAAGGAGGCCAGCAAAGGAGCUGAGGAUGAGGAGGAGGAAGACAGUGACAGUGAUGAUGAUGAUGACGACGAUGUCAAAGUCACCAUUGGCAACAUUAAAACAGGUCCGCCCUCCUAUAUGGGUACUGGUAUGAAUCUGAGUCUGAAACCACCACGAGGGUUUGGUACACCCGGGGCAAUCAAAUCUCAGACGAAGGGAAUAGAUCUGGAGUCACUGGGGGGCUAUAAUGGACCCCCCGUCGUGGAAGUGGAGAUGGACCUGUUUGAGGACAAACCCUGGAGGAAACCAGGUGCCGAUCUCUCAGAUUACUUUAACUACGGCUUUAAUGAGGAAACGUGGAAAGCGUACUGUGAGAAACAGCGGAGGCUUCAGCUUGGCCUGGAGCCCAGUUUGCCACCAAGCUUUGACAAUAAGAUCACAGUCCAGCAGGGUCGAACAGCCACAGUAGAGAAAGAGGCAGAGACCUUGAGCAGCAAGCUGGACUACAAGACUGAUUUCCUGUCUCCGCAAAUCAUAGCAACCUCCAGCAGACUGAAGGCUGGCCCUCCACCAAACAGGAAACUGGGUGGUACCAUAGAUGUGAUUGGUGGGCAGACAGGUGCCAUUCGGCGAGUUGAGGGGAGAAGGCGGGAGAUGCAGGAACAAAACCCCAUUCAGGUUCUAGGAGACCAUAGCAACAAAACACAGCCCUUGGCCCCGCCCACAGGACCUCCACCUCUUCCAAUGAGUGUUCCCCCUCCACACUUCUUACAUCCCCCUCCCCCGGUUUCAGGAAUGCCUCCGCCCAUGCACCCACCAGGGAUACCUCCACCUGCCAUUCCAGGCUUGUUCCCGCCUCCUCUCGCUCCUCCCCCAAAUCUAAUGAUGCCACCAGUGGACAGUAGAUCUCCAACCACAGGCUAUGGCAGUAGGCCUCCACCUCCGUUUGGAUACAGCGGUGGAGACUCAAGCUACAUCAGCUACCCUCCGGUUUCCUCUGCUCCCAUUCCGUGGGGCACAGUGAUGGACAAGGGUGGAGUAGGGGGUGGAGGAGGAGGACACUGGGAUUACCAGAGCUCCCGGAGAGAAAGCGACAGAGAGAGAGAGCGAGAGAGGAAUCAAGAAAGAGGAGACCGCACUCCCACCAGUGAAUACAACGAGGAGGAGCGAUAUCACUAUUACGGUCACGAGAGAGACGCCGAGAGAGACUACGAGCGGAGUUUCCACCAUGCACGUGACAGCAGCCGCGGCAGGGAAGAACAUUCUAGAGACAGACGACACAGGGACAAAGAGGAAUGCAGCAAACACAAGUCCUCCAAACGCAAACAGCACGAUGAUGAUGGUGAUGGCCAUCGCAAACACAAACACAAGAAGAGCAAACGAAGCAAAGAGGACAAAGGAGGCCUGGAGGUCCUGGGUGGUCAUGGAGACGAACACGAGCAUAAAGACUGACAGGAAGAGGGAUGGAGAAAGUUUACCGAUAGCUGACAGACAGUUUCUGCUUGACAGUCAUUUGUUAGAAGAACAGAAUAAAAGUUAGUCAUAUGUG